AUGGAUACUAAAUUGGAGAAUGUGCGGGAAAAACUCGAGAAAGGUUCCAAACUUCUAUUGAGUAAGAGCUGUCAAGAGAUUGUCAGUUACUUCAAUGAAAUUUUAGAAUGUGAUGAUAUAACGACAAAUAACCUUAAUUUAAUUGAAGCGCUUCUCGUGAAUGUUAGUGAACAUGAACAGUUACUGGAAAUAUAUGAACACAUUGUUGACUUUUUAUGGUUAAAAGAUGUGGAUACUCUUGUCAGACCUAUAAUUUCUAUUUUUCUAAGUGAUAACUUGGAUUCUCUUGAAGAUUGGAAAGUUGAGCGCUUAUGCUUUCGAAUGAUUCAAAAGCUAAACUCUGCGUGCUUAGAUCCUCUGCUUCUGUUUGAUAUCUUAGCUAAAGCGUUGUUAAGGUUAGAGAAUUCGGAUUCUGUUUUAAGCUCAAUGAUUGAUUCAUUGUGUUCUGUAGAGUGGUGCAACGAAAAUGUGGUAUGUUUAUUGGAUGUUCUGAGAAACUAUGGCUUACAACGAAAAUCAAUGGAGAAGAUUCUAGAAAAGUCUCUUCCUAAGAUUAUUUCAUGGGAAGUAGAUAAACUCCAGGCCUUUGUACAGAGUAUUCUAUUAUUUGCAUUUCCGAUCUAUAUGGAGUUUUUAUUUCGACGUCUUUUACCACUCAUUUAUGGUAACAAUAGUUCAAACCGUUCUUGUGAAGUUAUACGUGGUCAACUGAUGAUGCAGAUAUUUUCUUUGGUUGAAAAAGAUGAAAAUUUUGGAAGAGUCAUUUUUGAGACAGUUAAGUCAUUAUCAAAGUCACAAAUUGAACCUGAAUUUUAUUACACAGUUUUGAUGACAUUACUUCCUAUUCAAAGCACCCAAACUCAGGCCAUUCAAUUAUUAACCAUCUCUAUUCUGACAGCCUUUUCUGAUAGUCACUUGAUUUCAGAGUCAUCUUUUCUUCGAGGUUUAUGCCAAUUAUCGGAGGACCCUAAAGAAAUUAUCUUGAAACUCAGUGAAAGAUGCACUUCAAGUCAAUGGGAGUUCACUGUUCAUGGGAUGGUUUUGCUUGGUUUUACUCUUCUUCGAGCUGCUUGUUCGUCUACUGCAUCAUCUUCGAAUAUUUUUGGUGCAAAAGUAACUGGUCGUUUAUCAAAACCAUUGUCAACAUCACCUUUUCUAACCCAUGAUACUUUGAAGUUGCGUAUUAUUCGUUCUGGUUUGGACUUGCUCGUGCAUCUUUUCAAACAUUGCCAUUGUUCGCGAGAUGAAAUCAUUACAAUGACAGCGAAUCUCAUAUGGAGUGAGUCGAACGCAUCAAUAGCCUUAUAUGCUUUAGAUCUUUUAAGUGAUCUAGUAGCAAUAUGUCCAUUAGAAGUUGCCGUUCGAGCUAACUGUUUGGAUCCAAUUAUCGACUCUAUUGGUUUAUUACCUUUGAGUAUUUCAACCGCUUUAGUGCAUGCCUUAUUACCGUUAAUACGUGCUGGAAGUUUAUUGGAAUUGGAAAAUAUCUCAGAAAAUGACAAAAGUGAUAGUAAUCCAUUCACUCAAGUCCGUAUGAGACUGAUAACCAAUCUGUGCAAAGCAGCAAAUUCACCCAGGAUACCUAGUCGAUGUACAGCUGUAUCCUGUUUCACGCUUUUACUAAAACAUUUAAAGGUUUCAGUAUCAACAUUUCGAUCAGCAUCACAGUAUUCUUCAUCGUCAAGUUCACUUUCUCAGCCAUUUGUUUAUUCACAAUCUCAAGCUACCCAGAGAAAUCCUUUGGUACUGUUUAGUCAAUUACAAUCAACACAAAUCGCUCAACAAGCUGUCUUCUUACCGUGUGAUAUUGUACAAAAUGAAGUGUUAUGCACCGAAAUUAUCAGCAUACUUCAUCGUAUUAUAUUUUUUGCAUUUUUUCGAUCACAAUCAGGCAGUCUACUGACAGAUCCAGAAAAUGUAGUCAAAUCCAAUAUAUACUGGGGUCUAUGCGAAGUUGUAACACGUAAUCGUGGUCUGUGUGAAGCUGUCCUGAAUUUAUACCUACGUCUUCUCAUUGGUUGUUUAGCCCCAAAUUUUCUCAAAACUCUUAAACGAUCUGGUACUCAGAAUUCGCUUACUUUACUCACACCAAUAAAUCCAUUACACACGAAUUUCAUUCCUACUCCACCAUUUCUAUUGAACAAGUUAAUUGAGUCAAAUAUCACAGAUGGAGAAAUUAAACGUAGUGAACAUCCGGAUAUUUUAAUAUGGUGUCUGCAACUUAUAUUAACUCUGCCGAUCUUCAAUCCUUUCUGGAGGCGAUUACGUUUACAAGGGACUUCAAAUAGUGCUAGUGAGUCUUCAGAGAUCUCUUCAUCUUCUUCAGCUGGGAUAAGUCAGUUUACUCAAUCUACAUUGGAUAAUUCAAUACAAUGUGGUCGUUUAGUUACUUAUUCUUUGUUUUCAAAAGCAGUGAAUUUAUUGAUUUCGAUAUCUAAUUCACUUCGUCUCUUGCCAAAAGAAGAUUUUGGAUUGACUACAGAAACUGAUUUCGGUGCAACAUCGGGUGGAAAAUUAAAUCGUGAUCGUGUUCAACUACUCAUCAAUAUUUAUGAUGCAUGUUUAGAGUUUGAGUUAAAAGAUCCAUUGGCUAGUGAUCUGUUGCAUGCUGGGAAUUUUCAAUCGCAAUUUCCUAAUCAAACUUCUCCUGAAUCCACUUGGCUUCGUAUUCGUUCAGACUCUCGAAGUGGUCUGCUUAUCAUGAGUUUAAUUUCAAUUUCUCAAGCAAAUUUAAAAAGUAUCCUUAUUGCAAGUAUCAAAUCGGAUUCAGUGAAUCCAUUGGCUUGUCAUAUACUUCAAACUCUGUCAACACGAUUGAAUCAAUUCACACAUUGCACUGAAGGAGAUAUUCCAUGCGCUUAUCGUGAUGCUCUAGUUGUUGAAUUAGUUCCAGUUAUGAAGUGUGUAAUUCGUUUUUAUCACCAUAAGAUAAUGUCAGAUGAAGCUCCUACUACUGGUACUACUGUUGCUGCUACUGCUACUGCUACCUCUGAAGAUGAUGCAUCGAAUCAAGCAGAUCAAUCUAAACCUCGCUCCACAACGACUAUAUCAACUUCAUCCACUGCCUUACAAGUUUUCAAUAUCGGACUGACACUAACGUUACACUAUUUAGGGACUCAGAGAUUGCAUAAGAUAUGCAGAAUUCUUUAUCCUGUAACAAAUAAUCCCAAUUACUCAGAACAAUUGUUUAACUCUGACUCAGAUAUUGUAUGUGAUUCAGAGGGUGUGGAAGAUGAUGAUGAGUCUUCUGAGUCUUUGGUUUCUGGGAUUACACCAGCUCAAGGAUUAUCAUCUCUUAUCAGUCUAGUUAAGUCAUGGGUAUCUAGAUUGCUAAACCCAUCUGGUGCUAAUUCCACUACACAAAAGCUUACUCAACAUAAUUUCCCGUAUGCCAAAGAUCUUGUUAUACUGUUACCACUUCUAGUUAAAUUAUGUCGUGCACGUGCUUCAAUUGGUUCUGAAGUUACAAAUCCUGAAGUGAAUAAAUUCAAUCCUUACUCUGGUCUAUCUCGUGUAUUAGCUUGGCUUUUACGAUUAAUGCGUUCCCCGAUAUCUUCACGUUACAUAUCAGCCUUACCUUCAUUAUCACAAGCAAAUAGUACCAAUGCAAUAGCUACAGCAGCACGUGUUCAACUGAUCAAUCAAGCUAUCUGGUUAGCUCAUUUAGUUGGAGCCAACUCAUCUGGUCGAAUUUCACAAGCUUCAGAUGCUGAAUUAUCAUUAGAUGAUAUAAUUCUCGGGUUAGCUAGUGAUUUGACUGCUGUACUGGGAAAUGUAGCUGAUAGCAAGGAUAUUAGUUUUAUGCCUGAUGCUAAAGAAGCGGCAAUCACGUAUCCACUGGUGACUCGUUCUUCUGCUUUAUCCAUUUUACCACUGAUUUAUGCAUCGAUAAAACAGACAAUUAAUGAAUAUGAUUGGCUUUUAAAUCAUAUUUCUAAAGAUUAUGCUGGUAGACUUGAUGUAAAGGAUAAAACAGCAUCUAAAGAUAUUGGCACAAAACUAGAAGGUAAUGAACAAGAGGAGGCACUUUGUCUACGUCUAAUUGGACUUGGAGAGAUAUUAGCCCAAUUAUUGCAAACAGCACUUCCAGCACCAAGUUCACAUGUGGAUACAUUAUUGGAGAUUGGUGUGUCUGUGUUUAACCUACUUGGUCGCUUAACAAAAUAUUAUUUACAUAUUAUUGGGUUGCACUGUGGUCGAUUUCCAGUUAUUUUUGAACGAGUAGUGCGUGUUUACGGUCGUGAAGUAGCCCCACGUGCAUAUACAUUGUUCUCCUACAUACAGAAUUCAGAAAGUGAGAAGGUUAAAGGAUUCCAGGAAAGUAAGGGUUUAAAAAAGAAGUUGAAUGAUAAGGACCAGUGUGAAUCGAAGAAACAGACAUCUGCUUCAGGAAUGCCACAAGCGUUGAUAUCUCGUACUAUAAAAGAUUCUCGUCUCAUUCCUCAGUUAAUUUAUGCUAUUGAGCAGUAUGAACGCUUUCUAAUGCAGUUAUCUAAAAAGUCUAAGAUCAACUUAAUGCGUAAUGUGAAAUUAAGUACAUCACGAGAUUUUCGUAUCAAUCAAGCUACAUUAGUUGCGCACUUAGAACAAUCCGCUGCUCUAAGUGUUAGCAGUCUUAGUGAAAGCAACACUACAGAUGAAGAAGAAGAAGAAGAUAACUUGAGCAAUGAAAUUGUUAAUUUUAUUAAUCCUACUGACAAUACUACAGACAGGGGUGAUGAUCAGGCACAUCCACCUUUGAGUGUGAGUGAAGAGCAGUGUGUUCGGGAUGUUCAUAGUGAUGCUGAUGAGAAUAAUAUUCAUGACGAAACUCAUAUAAGUCGACAAGUAUAUGACACAGGUAAUGUCGAUGAAAAUUCGGAAAACGUACCAUCAGUUGCUUUGUCUGAGUCUCGUACGGAGACACCUGUUUGGGGUCGAGUAAGUUGACAAAUUCCUUUUUAUAUAUGCUUUAUAUAAUUUAUUAUUUCUGUUUUAUUAUACUGGUGAACAUUUGAACAACUUCGCUGCUGCUGAAUUAUGCAUACUUUGGACGUCAUAAAAACUUUGUACUUGUUGAUAAUUUAAGAAGUGCUGCUCGUUGAUAUCUCUGGGCACUGAACGCUGAAAAAAACUUGAAUGAUCACUUUAUCUACCGC